AUUUCCCCUAGUUGUGGUAAUAAUGCAUUUGUAAUUUUAUUUUGGUGAUAAUUUGUUUAUUGAUGUAGGCCUAACACUGAUAUCAAAAAAAAUAAUGUGAUUAUAAAAAAUGAUUAUAAUUUACACUGUGUGAGACACGUUUGGUGGUUUCGGAGGAAUUGUGUUUGAGCCUCCCAAGUACGGCCUGUGCGUCUCGGUCCAUUCCCUAAAUUUCUACAUUAGCAUUGCACAAUAGAGUCACAGGUUGGUCUUAUUUCUUGAGUUUAUCAGGUCCGUCGGACCCGACCCUCGGAUUACCAAUCCGCAUCGCUCUUGGAGGGAGUGGACCAAUCAGAGAGCACCUUGGAUAAAUAUUCAUGAUUCCCUGAUUCAAACCUUUGAGCGAGUUUGUGUGGAUCCACAGCAUCGUACCUAGACUUUUCACAGAGACAAACUACAUUUUCUUAUGAAUGGAAAGUGAAAAAAUCAGUUGAGCUUAAAUUGGGAUCCAUCCUUCACUCAGAUCAUAGAAGAAAACAAAAAAGCAGGGAGAGAGAGAGAGAGAGCGAGAGACAUGACCAUGUCUACAAUACCAGAGAGUCUAAACAGCCCAGUCUCAGGAAAGAGCGUGUUCAUGGAAUUUGGGCCACCAAGUCAGCAAAUGUCGCCUUCAUCUAUGACCCACGGACAUUACUCAAUGCACUGUUUACACUCCUCCGGACACCCGCAACACGACAGCGCAUACAGCCCGGCUCCGUCCUUCCCAAGAUCUCUGCCUUAUCCAUACGUCAACUCGGUCGGUAGCCAUUCCUCCAGUCCGUACCUCAGCACCGUGCAGACCUACCCAAACAACUCGGCUUUGGCGCAGACCCGAUUGGAGGACCCAGCACCGGAGUCGGAGAAAAACACAGUGGUGGAAGGAGGAGAGGUUCGUUUCAACGGGAAAGGCAAAAAGAUCCGCAAGCCCCGGACCAUCUACUCCAGUCUCCAGCUGCAGGCUCUGAACAGGCGGUUCCAGCAAACCCAGUAUCUGGCUCUGCCGGAGAGAGCCGAGCUCGCCGCAUCACUGGGGCUCACGCAAACACAGGUGAAGAUCUGGUUUCAGAACAAACGCUCCAAGUUUAAGAAACUGAUGAAGCAGGGCGGAGGAACAAUAGACACGAACGCUUUGGCUAACGGGCGCGGACUGUCCACCGGAUCUCCAUCAGUUGCGCCCGUCUGGAACACAACAGCCACCGUCAAAACAUCCACACCGACCUCUUAUAUUCCCAGUUACACCUCAUGGUAUCCCACAGCACACCAGGACACUAUGCAGCAGCCACAGCUCAUGUGAACCAGGACUGCUGAAACAACCCCGCCCCUCUGUCCACCAAUGGCCCAGUUCAGGGGACCCGACGCAGGCAGUCACUCUGCGGCCUUACACACCCUGGCCCUUCGCAGCCCAGACCAGAUGUGAUCCGGAGACGGUCUCUCUCGCUCUUUUUCACACAAAAAAGACACCUGCUGACACUCACUGUCCAGCGGGGACUGAACCAGGGUCGUCCGGUCGCACCGGAGAAGAACCACGUCUCUUUUUUGAAUUGAAGGGAAUGGCGGGAAAGUGGGUCAAAUCAAAGCUGCUACUCUCCCCUUUCCGUGACUCCUUUUGUUGUUGUUGUUGUGUAAAAAAAUCAUGAGACUAGUCACCAAUGUAUUUCGUUUCCUUCAAAUUUGUUGUUUCCAUAUGAUAUUUGGAGUUACCGGGUUGAACAUUACACCAAACUGCGCGUUUCUUUCCAAAAGGUGGCUACAAAACAGUCGCUUCAGGCUUAUUCAGCGUGUAAAGACUGGGAUAAAUCACACCGUGAGCAAGUCUCCUGAUUUUCCCCAUUUUAAAGGGAAGAAAAGACAUCUUUAAACAAGAUUAUUUUGUAUGUACGGCGUUUUUUGUGUUUAUUUAAAUAUAACUUAUUUAGAUUACGUUUUUGUUUUUACUAUCUGUUUGUAUGUUUUAUUUAAAAAAAAAAUAAUAAAUGUUCUUUAAAUUAUGAUGUGAGGCUGCACUAUAAAACAGAAACACUUCCCUCGGAUUUGAACCUAAUUUGUAAACCCGAGUGUUUUAUUUCAUUGGAUCACACAAAGAGAUAACCGCGUCGAUCAUCAGCGCUGGAUGGGAAGUGUUGACAGCUCUUAAAUGUACAGAAAUAGUCGUUUUCGUUGUGUGCUGAAUAAUUUGUGGACAAGGAUCUAAACAUGGUUGUGUUUUAUUAAAUUUCAUGUGUUUUUUCCGUUUUACAUUGAUAAAAAUAACAUAGUUUAAUAGCC